CACACUUGACGCUACUACGUUCGUAAUUCUACGUCCUCCUUGAAUAGUCUUUCAUUCAUUUUCCUUUCUUCGUGACAUAAAUCUACCUGAGUUGAACACGACUAUGCCGCACGCUGCUCAAAUAGCUGCGGCAGUGCAGCAGAGCAGUCACGCACAACAUGACCCCGAACUGGAUCAUUCAGAUUUCGAGUCGGAAGACGAGAUGCUGCAAAGUCAGACGACGCACCUUUCGCAGCAUAUGUCUAAACUACGUGUUGACGAUGCUAACGAUCACGUUGUGUCCACUGGAACGGGUCAUGAUCGAAAGGAACGAGACAAGAGUGAUCGGGCCACGACAGAGCAAGUUCUGGACCCGCGGACACGCAUGCUGCUGCUGCAGAUGAUCAACCGAAACAUAGUUUCUGAGAUCAACGGCUGCAUUUCGACAGGCAAAGAGGCAAAUGUUUACCACGCAAUCAUGAUUCCAGAUGCCGAGCAAGAGAAGGAGGGGCUGAAAAAGCCACAACACCGAGCUAUCAAAGUAUACAAGACCAGUAUUUUGAUAUUCAAGGAUCGUGAGAAGUACAUCACUGGUGAUUACCGGUUCCAGCAAGGCUAUCAAAAGAGCAGUAACAGAGCCAUGGUGCGACUGUGGGCUGAGAAAGAGCUUCGUAAUCUGAAGAGAAUAUAUGCGGCAGGUAUACCGUGUCCUGAGCCUGUGUACCUCAAGAAGCACGUUUUAGUCAUGGGAUUUCUUGGUGAUAAGAAGGGAUAUCCAGCGCCACGACUAAAGGACGUUGAAUUUGAUGGUGAGGAUGCUUCGAAGAGGUGGCGAGAGACGUAUUUGACCGUUAUGGGGUACAUGAGAAGGAUGUAUGUGGAAUGUAAGCUUGUCCAUGCAGAUCUCAGCGAGUACAACAUGUUGUGGUAUCAGGAUCGGCCACAACUCAUCGACGUCAGCCAGAGCGUGGAGCACGACCACCCUAGAAGCUUAGAAUUCUUGCGCAUGGAUAUUAAGAACGUAACGGAUUUUUUCAGGAGACAAGGUGUGGAAACGAUAUCCGAACGAGCAGCAUAUGCGUUCAUUACGAACCCGGAGGGCAGUGCAGAGCUUGCUGAUAUGCCAAAACUGCUCGAAGAUAUAUGCUCAAAGCGCAAGGCUCUUACUGAAGAAGAAGCCGCGAAAGAGGAGCAAGAAGACGAAGUAUUCAGGCAAGAGUACAUUCCACAAAACCUGGAACAAGUCUAUGACAUUGAAAGAGACGUUGAAAAGUUGCGCGAAGGCGAUGAUCUGGUUUACAAAUCAGCACUACUUGCAAACGACAACGGGGUGGAAGCACACUCUGACGAGGAAGAUGAGGAUAACGAUACGGAUUCUGAGGAGAGCGAAUGGGAAGAGCGGGAGAAGGCCAGGCCCAGAGGACGAAAGCACGAAGACAAAGAGGAGAAAAAGGCGCAUAAGGCAGCGGUCAAAGAGGAGAAAAGGGAGAAGAGGAAAAACAAAAUGCCGAAGCAUGAAAAGAAAGCUCUCAUUAAAAGCAGCAGUCGCAAAAAGAAGUAGAAUGCCUGAUCGUGUCAUCCAUCACGGCAUAUAUGCAAGAUAACAUGAGAAAUGGCAUAAAAAUUAUGAUAUGAAUUAGUCUGACUCUUUCAGCCAUGGUUUUCCCUCGCGUCACAAUGCAUUUGGGAAUGAGGGUACUCUAUGCCAGUCAAGGUACGUUAUCUAUUUUCAUCUCCUGUACUCAUCCUAGUAUCAGUAUAUCAUAAUCAGGUGAUGAGCCUUCUCCCAGACUUCGUCAUGUCUCGAAGCGUUUCUGACAUUUGGUAACCGCGAUUCAGACGGAUGUGACAUGGGACCUAAAUGCGCUUGAGAUUGCACAUGUAGAUUAAAGAGAGC